AUGUCGUCCAAGCACUUUGUGAAUGACCCGACGCAGCUGGUCAACGCCGCGCUACGCAGCUUGACGCUUACCAACCCGAAUGUCGCCCUGGACGCGGAGAACAAGAUCGUGUACCGCCGCCCUUCCGGCGCGCCUGCCCAGGUGUCGAUCGUCUCGGGCGGCGGGUCUGGCCACGAGCCGUCCUUCGCUGCCAUGGUCGGCCCCGGGCUGCUCUCUGGCGCCGUGGCGGGGACCAUCUUCGCCAGCCCCUCGGCGGAGCAGGUGCGGACGGGGAUCGCGGCGAGGGUCGACAGGGAGAAGGGGGUGCUGGUCGUGGUGAUGAACUACACCGGCGACGUGCUCAGCUUCGGCAUGGCCGUCGAGAAGGCCAAGGCGGCCGGGACGGACGUGCAGAUGGUCGUGGUGGGGGACGACGUCGGCGUCGGCAGGGCCAAGGGGGGCAAGGUCGGGCGGCGCGGCAUCGCGGGGACUGUCCUCGUGCUGAAGAUCGCGGGAGCCCUGGCGGCGGCGGGUCGGUCGCUGGAGGAGGUGGCCAAGGUGGCCAGGCUGACUGCCGAUAACCUGGUGAGCGUGGGCGCGAGCCUGGAGCACGUACACGUCCCGGGGCGGGCUGUGGGUGGCCAGGAGGACUCCCUGAAGGCGGGCGAGGUUGAGAUCGGCAUGGGGAUUCACAACGAGGUGGGCUCUAGUCGUGCCGAGCUGGAUCUUCCGGAGCUUGUGGGCAGGAUGCUUGCUCAGCUGCUGGACCAGAACGACAAGGACCGAGCGUUCGUGAACGUGAACUCGAACGAGGUUGUGUUGCUGGUGAACAACUUGGGCGGAGUCAGCGCCUUGGAGCUGGGCGCCAUCACCGAUGAGGUUGUGACGCAGCUGAGCAAGUCCCACAACAUCCAGCCCGUUCGUAUCUUGAGCGGUACUUACAUGACCAGUCUCAACGGGUUGGGCUUCAGCAUCACCCUUCUAAACGUGGUCAACACUGAUAUCGGCGGGCCGGGCAUGAUUGAGCUCCUAGACGCCCCAAGCGAGGUCACAGGAUGGACAGCACCCAUCCAGAAGACUACAUGGGAGGCCAAGAACACAGCUGUUAGAACUGACACAAUAAAGGAGAACCAGGAGAUCAAGCCAAGUGGUCUGACGGUGGAUGUUUCUGGAACCUCCACGGCUCUGACAACUGGACUCGAGAAGGUCAUUGCAGCCGAGCCGGAAAUCACUAGAUACGACACCGUAGUUGGAGACGGCGACUGUGGCAUUGGACUGAAGAGGGGAGCCGAAGCCAUCCUGAAGCACCUCGAACAAAAGCCCCUGACGGGAGACAUCGUGGUUGACUUGGCCUCCAUUGUCCCCGUCGUUGAAAAUAACAUGGACGGCACUUCGGGUGCGCUUUACGCCAUCUUCCUCAACGCACUAGUUCACGCCCUCCGCGGUCAGGGAUCGGGCCAGACAACGCCAAAGGUAUGGGCCGCCGCUCUCAAGCAGACCUGCGAUGCUCUAUCCAGGUACACACCGGCGCGGCCGGGUGACCGAACCCUUGUCGACGCCCUCUACCCAUUCGUGGAUGUUCUUGAGCAGACGGGAGAUGUGAAGAAGGCCGCCGACGCCGCACAAAAGGCUGCGGAGGAGACCAAGGGGAUGCAGGCCAGCUUGGGAAGGUCGGUCUAUGUUGGCGGGAGUGGCUAUGAGGAGGUGCCCGAUCCCGGUGUCUGGGGGCUUGCAACCUUCUUCUUGGGUCUAGCAGGACAAUGA